CCAUAUGGACUGGUGAUAUAAAUAUUCCUCAGCACCUUAUCGUCUACUAUGGUCUGGUUGUUCCGAAGAAGAAGGGGUCGUAUAAAAGAUAAAAGCAGUGUUUGUUUACUUUAAACUUUACUUAAAGAGAUUUUUCCAAGAAAGCGGCUGUCUUCUCAUCUGAAAGAAUAUUAGUUUCUGCAUGCUGUAGUUUUAAAUACAAUGAAAUCAACAAAUAUGACAAACUACAAUGCCGUUACUCCAGUAAACCAUUUUUCGGUUGGCAAUUCAUCCUCGCAUAUCGAACCGUACCAACGUCCGUUUGAUGAUUUAGGAAUCCAGUUGUCUGGAGUCAUCAUAUUCACUUUUUUAAUCAUUGGAAUAGCACUAAAUUUAUUGACAAUUCUUGUGAUAUGCAAAUACAAAAAGCUAAGAAAUUUGUUCGUGUAUUUCAUAUUUUCUCUCUGUGUUUCUGACUUGAUAUCUGCAAUCAUCAGUUCCUUGUUUUGGUAUCGACGAACUCUAGGAUUUGAUUUGUGGGAGAUUCCAGAUUUUUUCUGUAAGUUUUUUUGGGCUGCAGAUAUAACGACUACUUUUUCUACUGCUCUUCAUAUCAUGGCAUUUGCUGUUCUUCGCUGGAUCUGGCUGAAUUUCCCAACUAAAAAAAUAAAAACGCGUACAGCACUGAUUAUCAUUUCCUUGAUAUGGUUCUUGUGCAUCACCUGUGGAUUUGUGCCGUAUGCGAUCUUCUGCGGGUCUCGAAUACGUGAUCGAUACGGCAAGACAAUGGAUGCAAGAUGGCCAGCCUGUACUUUAAAUCCAGAAUGGAUCGAGGAGUAUUUGUUGUUUCAAAGAAUUGCUUUCCCGAUUUUCCUAUAUGUGCCUCUCGGAGUGAUUGUUAUUGUUUCUGUUAUUAUUGUCGUCCAACUGCGGGCAUCGAUACAAUCUGGAAUAGGAGACGCUCUAGGUAGCACAGCUCGAAUGAAUAGGAGGAGGCAGAUCAUGCUGGCCGUUUUGCAGUUAAUGUUGAUUGUGAUAUCGUUCCUAAUCGGAUAUGUUCCAUUCACAGCUUACGAAUUUUGGAGUUUGCAACAUCACCCAAAUACUCGUUAUCACCGAGUUUUCGAUUACUGGUUCGGAUUGUCUGAGUAUCUUUGUAUUAGAUUUUCGGAAUGCCUAAAUCCUAUCUUUUACAAUAUUGGUUCGAGUAAAAUGAGAAAAUGUACUAUCAGGUAUAUCAAAGAAAAAUUCGGAGUGAAUGAGCCCCAAAUUGGAAACACGUGGAUCACUACAAACAACGCAUCAAGAAGGCAGCUUUCUCGAAUAAAUAACAAUUCAAGACAUUUUUUCUGGGCUGCAGAUAUACCAACUACUUUUUCGACUGCGCUUCAUAUCAUGACGUUUGCUGUACUUCGCUGGAUCUGGCUGAAAUUCCCAUUUAAAAAAAUAAAAACGCGUACAGCACUGCCAGUUUUUGGUGGUGAUAAAAAAUUGAUAACAAAAUUGAAGUCUAAAGUCAAUAACUUAAAAGUUGACUUUGUUUUGGCAUCCAGGAUCGAGGAAUAUUUGUUGUAUCAAAGAAUUGCUUUUCCGAUUUUCCUAUAUGUGCCUCUCGGUGUGAUUGUUGUUGAUUCUGUUAUUAUUAUCGUCCAACUGCGGACAUUGAUACAAUCUGAAAUAGAAGACUCUCUCGGUAGCACUGCUCGAAUGAAGAGGAGAAGACAGACCAUGCAGGCAGUAUUGCAGUUAAUGUUGAUUGUGAUAUCGUUCCUGAUCGGAUAUGUCCCAUUUACAGCUUACGAAUUUUGGAGUUUGCAACAUCACCCAAAUACUCGUUAUCACCGAGUUUUCGAUUACUGGUUCGGAAUGUCUGAGUAUCUUUGUAUUAGAUUUUCGGAAUGCCUGAAUCCUAUCUUUUACAAUAUUGGCUCGAGUAAAAUGAGAAAAUGCACCAUCAUGUAUAUCAAAGAAAAAUUUGGAGUGAGUGAGCCCCAAAAUGCAAACAGAUAGAUCACUAUAAACAACGCAUCCAGAUAAGAUCUUUCUCAAAAAAAUACCGAUUUAAGGCAUGCAUGAUGCUAGAAAUAAUAUAUAUUUGUGAAGAAACAUUUAUGAUCCAAAGGAUGAUGUUCCUCGUCAAGCCAAUAUGGAUAAUGAGAAUUAUAAUUUUUUGCCCAGUAUUACUUUUACUAGAGAUUGGAGGAGAAUGAGGCCAAAUUCAAGAUAUUAUAGUGAUUUUGUGAAGUGAAUAUUGCAUUUUGUAGAUUAGUUGAUUACUGACUACUUGUUGUAAAUGAGAUGUGAACAUUCCGAUUGGCAUUGCUACAAUGUGCAUUAGUGUUGUGUUUUUGUUUGUAGAUAUUGAUACUAUUUCUUUAAAAAGGGGGCAUGUAGCAUUAAAUUUAUGACGUCAUAUUGAGGAUUUCAUUUAUGUCGCUCGAUGUCACUGUUGAGCUCACUCUCUUGCUGUACUCAGUGUACUGCAUGCUGCUUAGCGUUAUACCCUUAAUAAAUUAGACUCUAAUAAUUGGAGCAUCCUGCAAAGUUGUAGCAAUUGAAUU